GCGUGAAUCCCACUGCGAAUAUGUAUCAUUCAGUCUUUUGUAAUUUUUGAAUAAAAGUUCGAAUGCCAACUGAAGCGGAUGCGCUGUCACGAAAAUUAUUGGGACGGUUUCACAAUUAGCUUCGUUUUUGAGACAAAUUUUAGAUACAAUACUCUAGACUGAUGCCGGAUUCUUUCCAGGCAGGGAAGGUGCAAGUGAAUAAUAAAAACAAGUGUUCUGAAAAUCGGGCAAAGUAUAAUGAGAAAUGUCAUACCACAACCGAGAACAAAACAUGAUAAGAUUGAGAGAGAUAGAAGAUGUUGAUAAUGAAUUUAAUAAUGUGCUGCCAUACAAAAAAAUAUGGCUAGUCAUAAUUUCCUAAUAAACAUUUGAUUAGUCAUUGUUUUUAUGGAAAAUGUUGCAGAAAACAGCGGUUCCUACAUACACCCAGAAAAUUAUAGGUGGUUCAUCUGCCACCAUCAGCCAGUAUCCAGAGAUUGUUUCUCUGCUGUAUUCCUACUGGGGUUCUGGAUUUUAUCAGGCGUGCGCUGGAACAAUCCUCAAUGCUCGAUCUAUUUUGACUGCGGCUCAUUGUGUUGCGGGGGACUCUCCAUCACAAUGGCGUAUCCGAGCAGGAUCUUCAUACUCUGGCAGUGGUGGCACAGUAUACAACAUUGCGACUAUUAUUUACCACACAAAUUAUAGUAAACCGAUAACUUUCGAUAAUGACGUUGCUAUACUGCGCGCUUCUUCAAAUAUUGCGUACAAUUCUGUAGUGAAGGCUGCUAGCAUUGCUGGCACCAACUAUUAUCUAGCGGAUAAUCAAAUUGUUUGGGCUGCUGGGUGGGGAACUACUUCUGUCGGAGGAUCGACUGUAGAGCAACUGCGUCACGUCCAAAUCUGGUCAAUCAACGCUGAUGUCUGCAAGAGUCGUUACGCUCGAAGCGGUUAUAUUAUCACUGACAACAUGCUUUGCUCCGGCUGGUUGGACGUCGGUGGUCGCGACCAGUGCCAGGGUGACUCCGGCGGUCCUCUCUUCCACAAUGGAGUGGUCGUUGGUAUCUGCUCUUGGGGACUGCAGUGUGCGUUGGCCGAAUACCCCGGAGUGAAUACAAGAGUGUCUCGGUUCACUACUUGGAUUCAGGCUAACGCUUAAUUUAACUAUUAGUUAUUUGUGCCAUAGAGUGGUAAAUUACUUCUGUAUCGAAUAUAAAUUAUUUAAAAAUUCGCUGAAUAAAAUGAUAAAUUCAUUAUUAGGGUAUGUGUUAUUUUGUAUUUUUGAGGAAGCAUAAACAUUAAACAUGUUUCUUAUUGAUUAAAAAAGAAAGAACAGAAUAGUGUUAGGCCAAGACAACUUGAAGAAUACAAAGCUUAUAAAGGCUUAUUAACUUGGUGUUUUUCAAGUUGGCUAGUUUAGAAUUAUACCUAAUUUUGUAUGACGGCCUCGCACCAAGAUAAAUAUAAUUAUCGAAUACGUACCUACUUAUCUGUAUUCUGGAUGGACAACUUUAUAUCUCUUACCUGAAAAUGAAAACAAAACGAAUUACACAAUGAAUUUAAAAGUUAUAUGACUACAUGCAUUUUAUUUUUGUACCUGAAGAAUUUAUUUUUAACACAAUAUUAUUUUGUUCUGAUGCUUAUCUAGUAGUGAAGAAAAAAUAUAGCGUGUGGGUGUGUGUUUAUUAUUUCUGAUAUAAUAUGUAUAAUAGUAUCACUCCAAGUAAUCCUAUUAAUAUCGAGCAGCCUACUAAAAUUCUUUACUCAGAGAAAUAUAAGUAUUCCCAACCAUUAGUAAUAAUAAUAGCUUGUUUCCGGCAAGAGAUAGUAGACGUAAUAAAAUUCUGGUAAAUAAAUUUAACAAGCGAUUACGAACACUACAUAGUACGUAAUCGCUUUUUUAGUUGAUCCAUCAUCAGAUCAGACAUCUGAGCGGAUAAGUUUUAUUAAAUGAAACAA